AUCAAUACAAUAGUAACUGCGCUCUAAUUUAUAGUAAUUCUGAUUCACCAAAAUAACAAUAAUACAUCAUAAAUAUAAGAGAUUUUAGAUUUCUAAUUAUAAUCUGAUAAUUAUCUUCAUCUUUAACUCUAAUUGUUUACCAUCAACAAUAAUUGUGAGUUAACCUUUACUCUUACGUUGAAAUUAAUAAGACUGUUAAUCAUUUACAUUGAUUUUCCAUUGGAUUACAGAGGGUUAACUGUUACUCUAACCUUUGUGUCUAUGGGCCAAACCUCAUCUCCCAUUUCCCAAUGAGAUGCUUAUUAAUUAGCUGAUUAAUACUAAUUCUAAAGAUUUGGAUCUAUUUUUCAAUUUCUUCUGUUGAUACUUAUUAGUCUCAUUCUCUCAGUGUUUCUGCCAAGCAUUAGAAUCGCCAUCAGUUUUUUUGCUUCUCAUUUUAUCGCCGGUGCUUAUUGUAAUUGUUUCUCUUUCUAAUUGUGUUGAUUGUGAUUGACUAAAUUGUAAUCAAAAUGCCACCAUACGCCUAUCAACAUGGAUACAAUUUGUUAUUACACCGGAUUAAGAGAAAUAGAAAUGAGGAGGAAGAAAAAGAGGAAGAAGAAGAUGAAAACAUGGAAAAUACAUCAUCAAUGGCUCCUGAACCGACGACUACAACCACCACCACCCAGCGACCUCAUUCUAGUAAAGUUACGAGUAAAUUGCCAAGUUUAAAGGGAACACCUCGUCCUACCAUCACCACCACCACCGAAUCAACAUGGCAAAUAGUCAAAGAAGAUGUUCAAGCGGUUUCAACGGCAACUCAUAUUCCAUUUGCGGCCAUUUUGCUGAUUCUUUUGGUCAUUCUAGUCACCAUUUUGGCUUUAUUCUAUUUCUGUCUUAACAAAUGGUGGAAAAAGUUCAAAGAAUCUGAUCGAGGAAAAGGAUUCAAAGGUAUUGACCUUAAAUCGGUCAAUUUGAUUGGUACUAUGGGUAAAGAGAAGGUUCAACCAGAUCAAGAUGAACUGACCGCUAAUAUGGAAGAGAAUGAGGAAGAACAAGCUGGAAAAGAGGAAAAGGAAGCACAAAAACUUGGAAGAUUACAAUUUAAACUCGACUACGAUUUCAACAACAAUAAUCUCGCGGUAACGAUUAUCCAAGCUGAAGAAUUACCUGCAUGCGAUGUUGGUGGAACCAGUGAUCCUUAUGUUAAGGUUUACCUUUUACCUGACAAGAAGAAAAAAUUCGAAACUAAAGUUCAUCGUAAGACACUGAAUCCCGUUUUCAACGAAACUUUCAACUUUAAGGUUCCUUAUAACGAAAUUAUCACCAAAACCCUAAUAUUGGCUGUAUUUGACUUCGAUCGAUUCUCUAAACAUGAUCAAAUUGGUGAGAUUAGAAUACCAAUGAAUCAGGUUGAUUUGGCUCAGACAAUUGAAGAAUGGAGAGAUUUACAGUCGGUUGAGGAAGAAGGUCCCGAGAAACUUGGUGAUAUUUGUUUCUCUCUUCGAUAUGUUCCCACUUCGGGUAAACUAACUGUUUGUAUUCUGGAGGCGAAGAACUUGAAGAAAAUGGAUUUAGGUGGUUUAUCGGAUCCCUAUGUGAAAAUAUCUCUCAUGAUGAAUGGUAAACGAAUCAAGAAAAAGAAAACCUCAGUCAAAAAGUGUACACUCAAUCCUUAUUUCAACGAAUCAUUCCAAUUCGAGGUACCAUUUGAACAGAUUAACAAGGUAUCCGUGAAAAUAUUAGUCGUCGAUUAUGAUCGUAUUGGAACAUGUGAUCCAAUCGGUAUGGUUGAAGUUGGACCUAAUUGUCAAGGUAACGAGUUAAGACAUUGGAUGGACAUGUUGGCCUCACCAAGACGACCCAUCGCCCAAUGGCAUUCACUUAAAGAUCCCGAUGAAGGUGGAAAAUAAUCCAAUCAACUUAGAACCCAUUAGAAACAAAACAAAAACACCAAGAAAACGCGUUAAUUAUAUUACACCGAAACCGAUUAUAAUCAUAACUACAAGAAGCGAAAAAAAAAUCGAAAUCAACUAAUUACCUUUGAAAAAUUGUCUUUCUUUUUCUCUCUGGUUUUCCUGAUUAAUCACCAUCACCAUCAUCAUCAUCUUCACCAUCGAUUAUCUGUUUGUCUUCAUCUCAAUCGACUUAAUCGUAACAAUUUAAAUUCUAAUUUCGUCUGUACAGAUUAAGAGCAUCCAAUUGAUGCAGUUCAAUUUACAUCUUUCACUUUCUUCAUCAUCUUCUCUCUCUCUUUCUCUCCCAAUCUUCAAAUCUACAGGAAAAUAGAUAAAUACUUCCAUCAUUAACAAUUAAGUUUGAACUAAUCAAACUAAAUCAUCGUUGAACCAAAUUAACAAACGAAAUCUUUAAAACCAAAGGAAUCAAAAAAAAAUUGAUAGAGUGAGAUUAAUACAAGAUUAUAAUUUUAUCUUUUUGCAUCUCUCUUUGUGUCCCCACUGGACAAUUAACCAUUUAGAAAACUAAAUAAUACCUAAUUGGUAAUUAAAAGAGAGCCCAAUCAUAUCCAGCUCAUCGUAAUCAUCAUGAGUGAUCAUCAUCAUCUUUCAUUAACACAUUCCCUAUGUUCAUCUCACUCAAUGACAGAGAAAAAUUUUGUUAAAUCAAUUCAACUAAUUAGCAAUUUGUUUCCCUUUAAUUUGUUAAAAUCUCUUUUAAAUUGUUUUUCUUACUUUUGCUGAUUUUCUCCAUCAUCAAUCAUCAAUCAUCAAUCUUCAUCUUCAUCAAUAUGCAAUGUCUUUGAAGAAAAACAAAUCUCUCUCUCUCUCUCUCUCUCAUGUACCUGUUUGAACACCUCACCUGAAACUCAGUAAGAUUAUAUUUUAAUUGUUUGAUUUUUGUUCUGGCACAAAAUCAAUUGAUUACAAAGCGUCGAGUUAAUCCUAAUAACUAAUUAGUCUCCUGCAUGAUUAAAUUACUUCAACAAUCAACUGAACAGUUAAAGCAACAAUAGGAGACAAUCUUGCAAUACAUGUUAAUGUUAUUAUCGUUGCUUUUGUAAUAAUAUAUCACCAUAAACCCUAAAGCCUAAACCAAAAGCCCUUUAAUUACUGGUUACCGUUUGUUUACAGGGUUAACAAUUUAAUCUCAACCUUCAUUUUGUCACUCUUUAAACAUGUUAAUAGUUAAUUAACUAAUUAAUCAAUGAAUUGUGUGUGUAUUUGUCUAAUCAAUAAGAAGAAACAAAAAAAAACUUGAUGGAUCUUUGUGGAUGCAAAUUGAUAAAUCCAAUGGAUUCCAUAAGGAUUAACGCUCAUGAGAACGGGAAUUAAAAGUAACAAUAAACACAGAGAAAAAAAAAGUCAAAUAUCCAAAUUAAUUUAAUCUUGUUUCCAAUUAAAACAACAAAUUAGUUAAUUAUCCAGGAAUAAUUAAUCCAAAUAUAAUCCAAACAUGAUGAGAUAAAAGCAAAACUAUAAAUGAAAAUAUAUCAAUCACAAUUACCUUUGAUUAUCAUCAAGCAAUCAUCUUGUAAUAUAUAUAUUAUUAUAAUCUAAUUCAUCUAAUUACUAUCAUCAGGUGUUGAUUUAAUUUCUGAUUGCCAAUUACCUUUAUCUUUUAAUCAUAUUAAAUGAAACAAUCAACCAACGAUGAUUAACCUUCUUGCUCUGGUUAUUACACUUUGAGGUUUGUUCACCUUGUGUAAAGGUGAUAAUCAAAUUAACUAAUCAAUUAUCAUUCCUAAUGUGUCUCAGUUUUACAAUCUCAUUCAUCUAAUUGUCAAUUUUAACCUAUGACCUUUAAUUAUACUCAAUUAUCACUAUUAUCAGCUGAUUGCAAGAUAAACAACAACAACAACAGCAACAAUUACAAAUAAUAUUGAUUAGAAUUGGAAAAAUUAAUAUUGAUGAAAACCAUUUAAAAUCUGAUAUUAAUUAACCUGGAAAAACAAAAAGCUUUUAUUUACAAUUAAUGUGCAACAAUUGGAUGUAAAUAGAGAUGAUUAAUUAACCAUCUCGAUUACAAUUAAGAUUUGAUUUUUGGUCCAAAGAUAAAUUAACAUUUGUAAACGAAAUCAAAUUAUUAUGUAGACUCAAUAAAGUGACAGUUAACAAAUCUCUUGA